AUCACUCGCCCUUCUCUGCCAUCUUUACCUUCAUAAGUGCAAUUCAACAAUUACGACAACUACAAGCAGCUCUCUCUCAAUUAGUCUCAAAAUGACGACAGCAGUCUCAGCAGAUUCUUACAAAGCCGAACCCCUCCACUCUGGUCAAAAGGUGCCGGAGUUUGGGAUGUUGAACGAAGUGCCUGAGUCGCAGGUGUGGAAUAAUGAAGAAGGCAAUUAUAAGGGGCAGGCUUUGGAGGACAUUGGCGCUGAGGUGCUGCCACUCAUUGAUCUGGCCAAGGCCGAUGCCCCUAAACUGGUGAAGCAGUGUUGCAAGAGCAGCGGAUUUUUCCAAAUCACCAACCACGGCAUUCCCCUUGCCGUCCUCCAAAACAUGGAGUCCGCCAGCGUAGACCUCUUCUCGUUGCCGAUGGAACAGAAAAUGAAGGCGGCGCGUGAGCCCGGUUCCCUCACCGGCUACGGCAUCUUCCCGAUUGCCUCCUACCUCCGACAGAACGUCUGGUCCGAAUGCUUUACCGUCUUCGGAUCCCCACUCCAACAUGCCCAUCAAAUUUGGCCGGAUCAGAGUCCGGAGCACUCCAAAUUUUGUGACUAAUCCCACGCCCUGCAGUGCGGCCCCACACACCACAGAGAUGUAAAUUUCAGGCGCCCAACAGCAGACUCGAACCUGGGGUGCCAGAAAUAGGCUCACCUCGUGAAAGGAAACGCCCGAAGUCCGCUCUGCCGACACCCCACCGUUAGUUUUGCUUUUUUUAUUUAUGAAAGCGCUAUUAAGUGUUUUUGCUUGCAAAACAUCACAAUCUAAGCAAGGGUGAUCCUCAUUUCUCCUUCAUAUUAA